AUGAUCAUCACUGAUACUAAAGGUGAUUGGCGUUUCACCGGUUUUUACGGCUUCCCUGAAAGAGGUCGUCGACGUGAGUCCUGGAAUCUCUUGCGGCGCCUGGCCGUCAUCAACUCCUUACCGUGGGUUAUUGCAGGAGAUUUCAAUGACCUCCUUGAUCCCGGGGAUAAAAGGGGUCGUGUGGAUCACCCAAACUGGCUCUUCUCUGGCUUCAGAUCUGCUAUCAUGGAUUGCGGUCUCUCGGAUAUCCCUCUUACGGGUCACCAAUAUACGUGGUCCCGUGGUCUGGGGACUGCUCACUCUGUUGAGGAGAGACUCGAUCCUGGUAUGGCUACGUCCGCCUGGAAACUUCUCUACCCUGACGCGAUUCUCAUGCCUCUGUCGGUCCCUAUUUCCGACCAUGCACCUCUCCUCUUGAGGUGCAAAGAGAAGUUAACCGUCGUCUCGGAAUCUAUCUCCAUUUGGGCAGCUCAUCUCACCCGCCAUGAUAGACUUGCCAAGUCCAGACUCCAAAUUCAGAUUGCUAACAUCCAAGGGCAUACAGACCUCCAAUCCAUUAAGAAACUGAAACAUGCUCGGCAAGCGCUCGCUAAUAUUCUUCUUAAAGAGGAGACACACUGGCGUCAGCGCGCGAAACAACAUUGGUUGCAAGAGGGAGACUGUAACACCAAAUUCUUCCACACUAUGGCUUCGGCGAGACGCAAAAAGAAUAGCAUCGUUCGGCUCCAACGUGAUGAUGGCAGUUGGACGGAAAAUGUGGAUGAUAUAAAGCUUGUUGCUCGUAGCUAUUUUGAAAACUUGUUUGAUGAAUCUAACGCUGUUACGGACUUUCAUCAUGUUCUUGACCGCCUCAGUCCAGGAAUCGAUGAAGCUAUGAACGAGGAGCUCACCAAACCUUUCACCCUGGAUGAAUUCAAAGCCGCUGUGUUUCAGAUGCACCCGGAUAAGUCGCCGGGACCGGAUGGGUUCAAUCCUAAUUUCUACCAAAAUUGUUGGGAUGUGGUUGGCGUGGAGGUCUUUCAUAGCUGCUGCACUUGGUUGGAAAAUGAGAGCUUUCCCCCAGGCCUCAACCACACCAUGGUGUCUCUCAUCCCAAAGGUGGACGUGCCUUCAAACAUGAAGGAACUCCGGCCCAUUGCCCUCUGCAAUGUCAUCUACAAGAUACUUUCCAAAGUCUUAUGCAAUCGGCUGAAGAAGGUGCUGCCCGGUCUGAUCGAUCGAUCUCAAUCUGCGUUUGUGGAGGGACGCUUGAUCCAAGAUAACAUAUUGAUUGCUUUUGAAGCCAUUCAUUCAAUGAAAAAGAAAACUCGGGGUAAGCACGGCUUCUUUGCUCUCAAAAUCGACAUAAGUAAAGCAUAUGAUAGAGUUGACUGGAAUUACCUUGAUGCUAUACUUUCCCGAUUUGGUUUCUGCGCUAAAUGGAGAGCUUGGAUGAAAAUGUGUGUUGGUACAGUUUCGUAUGAUAUCUUAGUUAAUGGGGAUCCCGUUGGACCUAUUAUUCCAGGAAGAGGCCUUCGCCAGGGAGACCCGCUCUCCCCCUAUCUCUUUAUCUUUCGGGCCUCGGAGAUGGAGUGCUCGGUGCUUAAAAGUGUGCUUGGUGCUUAUGAAUCCGCCUCUGGCCAGGCUAUUAAUUUCCAGAAGUCUGGUGUGUUCUUUAGCUCGAAUGUGGAUGCGGGCACUCGUGAUACAAUCUCUCAUUCCCUGGGAGUUUACUCUCCUUUGAACACGGGCCGUUACUUAGGCUUGCCCUCUUUGAUUGGACGCAAAAAAAAGGAGAUCUUUCAAUAUCUUCGGGAUCGACUUUGGAACCGUAUUCAAGGUUGGAAUGGGAAGAAACUCUCAAAGGCGGGGAAGAAAAUUCUCAUUAAGGGUGUCGCGCAAGCCAUCCCGUCUUUUUGUAUGAGUAUUUUUUCUCUCCCGAUUGGCCUAAUGGAUGAGUUAGAGCGCAUGAUGAACUCCUUCUGGUGGGGCAAUAAGGGCGGCGUUGGAAAAGGGAUUAACUGGCUGAAGUGGGAGCGGCUUUGCGUUGAUAAAAAACUUGGCGGCUUAGGUUUCCGGAGUCUGCAGCUUCUCAACAUUGCCAUGUUGGGCAAGACGAGAUGGAGAUUAAUUGAUGAGCCAGAGGCGUUGGUUUGUAAGGUGCUCAAGGCAAAGUACUUUCCGCGGGGAGAUUUCCUCACAGCAAAAGUGGGCCACAACCCUAGCUACGCCUGGCGGAGCAUCUGCUCUGCGCAGGAUAUUGUUCGGCGAGGUGUGAGAUGGAGAAUCGAGGACGGAUCUCGAGUGCGGGUGUUUGAGGAUCCGUGGCUCAGAAAAGAUGACUCCUUCUUCGUUGCUUCUCCCUGCCCUCCCGAUUGUGCUGGUAUCAAGGUGAAGGAGCUGAUAAACUUUGAUUCUGGUACUUGGAAUAGGGAACUGCUGCAUGAGCUGGUUGAAGGGCAAUGGGCAAGCCUGUGGAAGCUCAAAGUCCCACCAAAAGUCAGAAACUUCCUUUGGAGAGCAGGCAGAAAUAAUCUACCCACUAAGGAUAAGCUCUUUUCUCGUGGGAUUACGGUUGGAGGCGAGUGCGUGCUGUGCCGGACCGGCUUUGAGAACCUUUGGCAUUUGUUUUUUCAAUGUCCAUUUGCUGAUGAAUGUUGGAGGAUAAGCAACUUGCAGCCGCUCAUUGAGGCCGUCGUUGAUAGCUGUAAAUCCUUUUCUGAAGCUCAUUUCAAGAUUAUGGGGGGUUCGGUGGAGGAAACCACUGCUCGGAUCUGCAUGACUCUUUGGCAAAUAUGGAAGGAUCGCAACACUGUGGUGUGGAAGAAUGCGACCCUAAGUCCAGCUAACUCGAUUUUACAAGCGGCACAUGCAAGGGCCGAGUGGCUGCUGGCCUGGUCGCGGCGUCCCCAGCGCAACUCUCAGCCGGAGGCGGCGACGAUCUGCAAGGGCUGGCAUCCCCUUCCCCUCGGAAAUGUCAAAUGUGAUGUGGAUGCAGCCUUCUUCAAAGAUGAUUACUCGAUGGGUAUAUGGCUCGUUCUGCGCGAUCAUGAGGGUGCCUACAUCCUUGGCAAAUCUGUCAAAAUGCUGGGGUUGAGAAGUGUGGAGGAAGGUGAGCUCAUUGGCAUUAAGGAGGCCCUCUCUUGGCUCAAAGACCUGGGUUACACGUGCGGCUGGAUUGAUUCGGAUAGCAAACGGGCAUGCGACGCCGUGAGCUCGGGGGAGAGGAACAUCACGGAACUAGGCGUUAUUGUUGCCCUUUGUCGAGCCGACCUGCUGCUCUCUCCGGAUAUUCGUCUCCGUCAUAUUAGGAGAAAUCAAAAUACCAUCGCUCAUUGUUUAGCGAAGGCCGCGAGGGAUAUUACGACACAACAUGUUUGGAAUGAGCCCCCAACCUUUGUGGUGGGUCAUCUCCAUGUACCAUGCUCUUGUGAUUAA